AUGGCCACCGAGUCAAGCACAGCGACCGUACUGACCGCAGACGAACCCGUGAUGUUGGCGCUGUGGUGCCUGGGCAGUCUGUUGGUCGCAGCGACUCUGGUCCCAGCCUCGAAGUACAUACAACAGGACUACCACGAAUUUCUCUCGCUCGGUCCUGGCGGCACACCCUCGACCAUACCGGGCUACCUCCGCAUCAAAGCACUGAGCUGCUUUGCCCUCCGAGAUCGAUACCGACCGCCUCCCGUUCCGAAGCAUGAACAACGACCUCACGGCUACCUCAGCUCUCUACCCGCACGUAACCGGCCACGCCCGGAAACGCGGGGCAUCGCUCCCCACCGUCAAGUCACACAGACCGUCACGGCAGAAGUCUACGACUCGCUCGACUCGGCCGUCCACCGCCUUGCCAACAGGAGUGACGGUCGGCUUGUCAUGGGAAAGUCUUGCUUCGAGAAACAUAGCAUUGCGCUGUUCUCGACAUCGCCGGUGCGGAGGACGUGUCGGGGAGAGAUCGCUCAUGCACAUCCGUCUGACGGGUCGAUGCAUCUGACGCUGGGAGUGGAGGAUGCGAAAAUGGUGUUGUCGAUUGAUGGUGAGAUAGGUAGCUGGAAGAAAAGGGACAGUCCAGGGUGGAUCGAGAGCACGUGA